AUGGACACUAGAGAAACAGAUCAAGAUAAAAUUAAUAACAAUGACACUAAGCCAAAUAGUAAUCUUAAAUUUAAAGACAAUAUUAAGAUAACAAAUGAUACAAUAACAGAUUUAAUUAAAGAAACAAAACCUAUAGAUAUUUUCAAAGAAAGAAACACGACCAGGAAUGUAGUUAAAUUAAGAAUAACUAGUAGAGAAACGAAUUCAUUGUUUCUACUUUUGAGGAUAGUAGACUUGGUGGUAAUGAUGAAGAAGUGGACUUUAUUGUAUUUGUUGAUGGAUUGUGCAAGUGCGUAUAGUCAGCAGAAGUUCGCGAUUGAGCCACAAGAUCAGAGCGCAGUUGUCGGUACACGAGUGACGUUACCAUGUCGAGUGGUGAAUAAAGCUGGUCAGUUGCAAUGGACGAAGGAUGACUUCGGCCUCGGGACACAUCGGCAUUUGACGGGAUAUGAACGGUAUAGAAUGGUUGGCAGUGAUGAAGAAGGGGAUUAUUCGUUAGAUAUACGAGAUGUAGCUUUAGAAGACGAUGCGCUUUACCAAUGCCAAGUCAGUACUGGACCGAGAGGUGAGCCAGCUAUUCGUUCUCGUUCUGCACGUCUCACAGUGUUAGUACCACCUGAACCACCUAAGAUCUUAAAAGGACCGACUAUAGAAGCUGUGGAGGAAGGCGAAGUUACCUUGGAGUGUGUGUCUGUUGGUGGAAAGCCUGCUGCUGAAAUCACGUGGGUUGAUAGUGAUGGAGGGGUGUUGAGUCAAGGGGUAACUUACACUGUGGAGGUGAUGGGCGAUGGACGAAGGUUUAUUGCUCGAUCUACUCUCCGCCUUCGACCGAGACGACAGCAUCACGACCAGACAUACUCAUGCCAAGCUCAAAAUACAGCCGAUCGAGCUUAUAAGGCUGCGUUUAUAAAGUUAAAGGUUCAAUAUGCACCAAAAGUACGCAUGGUCAUCAAGUCCAGGGCAACAAAUGACCGUAUCUUGGAAGGAGAUAAGUUAAUCAUAGGUUGCCAAGCUACCGCUAAUCCGAACAACCUCACUUAUAGAUGGUAUGUGAACAACGAACAAGUGCUUUCUGCAAAGGGCAAUGAACUGGUUAUAUCAAAUGUGUCUCGGAAGUACAAUGAGGCGACCGUUAAAUGCGAUGUUCAGAACGAAGUUGGCAACAGCGCUGAGUCUAAAACCCUAGAAGUUUCCUAUGGUCCAGCAUUCAAAUCCAAGCCUCAGAAUGUUGAAGGUGAUAUAGGAUCGACUGCAACAUUGACUUGCUUAGUGGAUGGACAUCCUCAGCCCAAGGUCCUGUGGUUGAGAUAUGAUCAUGAAAAAAUUAUCAGAGCUGGAAAAUCUUCGAACCUCACAGUCACGAUCAAUAAGCAUUCAACAGGUCAAUACUGGUGUAGAGCUAGUGUGGAAGGCUAUCAAGACAUCGAGGCUCCAGCCAUGGUUUAUUUAAAAGGUCCGCCAAAAAUUAUGUCCAAUAAAACACAAUAUGGCGUCGAAGGUGGUAGCGUACAUAUUGAAUGUGUUUCGUUUUCUGUACCGAAGCCAGAUUUAGUUAUUUGGACUUUCGCUGGAAAUGAAAUCAAUUCGUUUCAUAAUCAUGAAUAUGUAUUCUUAGAAGAAUCACUACCGGAUGGGCUAACUAAAUCCACACUGGUUAUCAGGAAAAGUGAAGCGAAACAUUUUGGUCCAUACAAUUGUACAGCAUUAAAUGCCUAUGGGAGCGACAGUGCGGAAAUUAACCUUAUGCCAGAUAAAUCACUUCCACUUAUAGUGAUCGUUGGAGCUGGUUCAUCAAUAACUAUAGUUAUUCUCAUUAUAAUGCUCGUCAUAAUGCUGUGUCAUCGAAAGACCAACAAAUCGGACGUGAAGAAACCAGAUAUUACCGAAGUUGGUAAAACUUGUGAUCAAUUUAAAGAUAGUGAUCGAAAUUCUAAUAUAAGUGACUUGAAAUUGGAGCUGAGACAAGUCGAAGGAAGCUGCGAUAUGGAUAUUUCAAACAACGGUUCUGAAACGGAACUUCACUCAACGCUUCACUUGACAACUAAUCUGGGACUCCCAUUAGCCGGACCAGUUCCGCAACCAGAAUCCGGCUAUGACAAUGAGCUGAUGAAACAAUACCAGAGAUAUAGUGGUGAUUUUAAUCAGCCCUUACAUAAUAUCCAUUUUAAGACCCACGAUCAGAAUGGUUACGUACCUUACGUGGACUAUUCUAGAGACUACGCUCCACCGCAGUCCAAUGACUCCAUGACAGGAUCUUUAUCCAGAAGUACUGAUGCUUCUACAUAUCAGAGCCAUUGUGGAUCAUUAAAUCGUCAAGGCAGCUGUGGUCGGCUUGGAGGAAUGAUAGGACCAGAUGUAAUACCGAUGGCUAACCCUGGAGUUAUAAUGACAGGAAUGGAUGUGAGAUAUGCGGCGACUUACGGUAAUCCGUACUUAAGAGGGAACGCUGGACCUUUACCUUACGUCCCUUCAGUCAAUAAUGCAGCUAAAAACGCUCCCCCACCAUAUUAUACUUUAAGAAAUACAAAUCAUCGCCCACCAAGUACAUCGGUGACGUCACCGUCUUCAUCGUCAACAAGACCUUUUACUAGUCCGCCCAUUUCUUCGCCUACUAAUAAUACUGCUCAGCCCCAAGUGCCUAAAACCCCGCCACAAGCCGGGGCCUUGUAUAUCCUUCCACCGUCCAGCCAAGGGAAUAUGCAUUCGUCACAAAUAUCUACCAAAGGUUCCGGAACUCACGUGUAACAACAAAACUGAACAUUUUAGAAUACGAAAAUAAUACGGUUUUAAACCGUCUCGUAAUAGAAUGAAAAGCUUUAUUCGAAACUAGUUAAAUAGAAAGUCUUUAUUUACAUUUAGAAAUAUUUAAUAUAUUUCUAAGUACUUUCUCGUGUGUCAUUUAUUUGUGAACGAUCCUACAAAAGCCUAAACUUAAAGCUUUAAGUAUAUGUAUCAAAGAUUCGAAUACUAAUUUAAGUUAUCAUUUUAACUCUAUUUAAGGGACUACAAAGGAACGACAGGACUGUCUUAGAUAACUAUAAUAGUGGCCAAAAAAUAAUUAAAGUUGGUUAAACAGUAAUUUAAUAAUAAUUUCAUAAUUGUAAACUGAUAUGUCGGCAUUAUUUUUUUUAUCUUUAUUGUAAAGUUGAAUUAUUUUACCGCCAAGCCAAGUAAUGUUACAUUGGUGAGUGAGCCAGUAUGAUGAAGAUGGCCAGUUACGAUUAGACGCCAUUUUUAUAUUGCUCUUUUGUUAU